UUUUUUACCCACCGCAAACCGCUUCCAGCCGACACGCAACAGUUCAUUGCCGGCCACUUGGGGAGGCUGUAGCAGACGAGCAAGCGUCGUACCCGCGCCGUUCGGCUCUGCGAUUGCCCGCCAUGUCGCAAUUCGGCGCGCCAGCCUUGCAUCUCUCAUCCCUGUCGCCCGUCUCGCCCGUUGCCGCCUCGUCAUCGUCGUCCGCCGCUGGCGGCCCCGCUCCUCCUCCGCCCCCUUCCGCCAGGGACGGUGGAGCCGGACCCGGAUCCGGAGCAUCGGCCGCGACGCCGACCCAGCCCGCACAUCACCCGCAGCCCCCCCAGCACAAGCGUGUCUACCAGGCUUGCAUCCCCUGCCGCCGGCGCAAGGUGCGCUGCGAUCUUGGCUCCGUCGACGACCCGCAUGAUCCCCCUUGCGUCCGCUGCCGCCGCGAAAGCAAGGAGUGCUAUUUCAGCGCCACGCGUCGCAAGCGCAAAGUCGACGAUGGCUCGCUCGACGACCCUGAGCACGAUGACUACAUCCUGCGCAACGGUCGCAAGCAGCUGCGCGCCGGCUCGCCCCAGUCCCUGGACCGCCGGCUCUACCGCGACGUCCCGCUCACCCCGGGAGGCAGCCACGGCCGGUCGCAACCGCUGAGACGGCCGGGCGAUGCGCCAAAGAGCGCCCGUAGCAGCAGCACGGCCGGCGAGUUUGGCAAUGGCGAGCCCAACACCCCGCUCGAGAACCUGGAGGCCCGGACUGUCAUGCGGAGGGAAGUAUAUGGACCACACGAUGCGCUAGACCUGCUGUACAAGGCGGCCACCGACAACGCGUCGCACAAGCCAGAUGACGAUCCGGCGCCAAUACGUAGCACCACGCAAUCCAGCUCGCACCACGCCCGUCACGAUACGGAUUCGCGCAAGUCGUCGAACACCGUCGCGCCCGGUGGCUACCACAACCGACACGCUUCGCGACACGAGGGCCCCGCAACAGAGCAGGCGAUCGAUCCGGAGCUGACGAACCGGGACCCGUCUGCCGAUCCGGGCUACAACGAGGCGCUCAAAGCGUGGGCGCGCUUCCGCUUUGUGCGCGCCGGUUGGUUCACCGCUCAGGAAGCCAUUGAUUACAUAGACUACUACUACAAGUACCUAUCGCCGCUUACCCCUAUCUCGCCGCCCACGUUCCACAACCCGGCAUCCCACUUGACGCUGUUGACAGAGGAGCCGAUUCUCACCGUGACGCUCUUGACGAUCGCAUCCAGAUACCGCCGCAUGCCAGGCACCGGAGGCCACUGCCGCUCCCAUGCCAUCCACGAACAGUUGUGGACGUAUCUGAGGGGCAUGAUUGAGCGGGUCGUAUGGGGACAGGAGGCUUUUGGCGGCGGUUUCUGCGGCUCGGGCGCCGAUGAUACGCAGAGCUCCAGCACCGCUCCAUGGCGCGGUCUGCGCAGGGGCAGUCUGAGGACGCUCGGGACCAUCGAGUCGCUGAUGAUCUUGACCGAAUGGCACCCACGGGCGCUCCACUUCCCGCCCAACGAGGCGACCGAUGAGCUGAUGCUGCCGCCGUACGAGAUGCCACGUCCUGCCGAUCCUGAUGGAAACCAGAAGCCCUCGGCUGGAUUCGGCGGCCGGAGGAUUGAAAGCUGGUUGGAGCCGGCGUGGAGGAGUGACCGCAUGUGCUGGAUGCUCCUGAGCACCGGCAUGGGCCUGGCUUACGAGUUGGGUGUCUUCGACGAUAUCGACGAGCUUCUUGCAGCCGGUGCCAUCACGCGUCCCGAGUACGAGGAAGAGUCGUACCGGCUGCGGGCGAACCGCAUCAAGCGGCUCCUCCUGAUUUAUCUGAGCCAGCUGGCAGGCCGGCUGGGCUGGACGAACAUGGUGCCGGAGAAGUUGCGCAAGUCGGAUCCUGCCGUGUCCCGGCGCAGGCGCCUUUCCGUCGAGGGGACGACACCUGGGACAAACCCGUCGUCACUGUCAAGCACGUUCAACUACAUCCCCGACCUGGAACUGGACGACCAGAUCAUUCACUGUUGGGCAGGGAUUAGCAAUGCGAUGCAAGUCGGCAACGAGAGGUUAUUCCAGUCCCGGAAGCACACGACCGAGAUCAUCCAGAGUGGGAAAUACAUCGAACUGCUUAAAGACUUCCAGCCGAUGUUGAAGGACUGGUGGAGUCAAUUCGAGCGCUUCCGGCUGCCUCCUUACAUCCGGCAUAUUCUCACCAUCGAGUACGAGUACGUUCGGAUCUACAUCAACUCGCUUUCCCUGCAGGCGGUCGUCGAGCGGUGCACUAGUAAUGCCGGCGGCGGCUCGGGGCCAGGCGGGAGCGUGUCAGGCGUGUCAGGACCGCAGCUGUCGCCGCAGACGCAAAACUACUACGGCAGGCUGCCGCUCGGGCAGCUGGGCGGCUUCGGCGUCGAGGACCAGGAGUACGUGAGGGAGGUCGUGAACGGCAGCCGGAAUCUGCUGCGCACCGUUGUGGAGGGUCUAUUGCCCGGCGACUACCUCAAGCACGCACCCGUACGGACUUACUUCCGUAUCAUCAGCGGCGCCAUGUUCCUCCUCAAGACGUUCGCGCUCGGCGCGCCCAAGUCGGACGUCGAGCUGAGCAUCGGCCUCAUGGAUAGGACAGUGGACGCGCUGCGGAACUGCGUGGUGGAUGAUGUCCACUUGGGUAUCCGCUUCGCCGACAUGCUUGAGACGCUGACCAGCCGGUUAAGAAACCGGUUCAUCUACGCCCCGCCGCCUGCCGUGUCGACGACAGACGGCAGAUCGCCCGGGGCGAUGCACACCGAGGCUACAAACGGCAAUGGCGUGAAUGGGCUGCAGCAGGGACCUGCGAGCCACGCCCACGAGAUGUGGCUGAAGCUGAAGGAGGGAGGCGCUCCAGAGCGCUCCACAACCCCCGCCAACAUCUCGGCCACCCCCUGGGACCUGAACGCUGGCACGUUCCCCUAUCCGACGGGAUCUGCCUCUAUGUUCGGCCCGUCCACUCCCGCCGCCACCACAGGCCUCGACAACAACACCACCGGGGGGGCUGGGGGCCUGCCCGAAGGCGGGCUGUUUGAGAAUCAAGACUGGGCGAACCCGAACACCGAGAUGUGGUACCUGCCCGCGGGCCCGGCCUUUUUCCAAAACAUGGACAACAACGCGGUGUCAAUGACGGCCGAGGGUGUCAAUGUGGGCGGCAUGGACUUGCUCGAGUACAUGGCGAUGGAUCCGAUGGACCAUCAUACCUUUGGCAUGGAUGGGAAUGGCUACUGAUCUUAUGGCGGAAAACUCGCUUAGGUGGCGUUUUGAUUUUGUUCGGGCUUUCUGGGGGGAGGAAAAAGGACAAAGAGGGAUAAGGAGAAGGGACAAAAAGGAGAGGCAAAAGUUGCUCGACUGAUGAGGGUUUUGCUCGACUCAUGAGGAAUUAUUUGUUGCUGCUCUUUUAUUGCUAGCUGGUGUUUUGGGGCGCCUGAUUUAUUUCUGUUAGCUACUUGACCUGUAUUUUUUUUUCUUGUCCUUCCAGUGCCUGGCGAAAACGGGGUGAAGGGAAAAGGAUGGGCAGCGAGGAUAUUUAUUUCAAGCUCUUUCCCCUUUUAUUUUUUUUUUUUUUUUUUUUUUUUUUUUUUUUUUCUCUUUGUUUUCC